AUGGAAUUCCAACGAACCUUCCCGCAAUUCCUUACCUCCCCCCUCCUCUUUCCCAUAUUCCUCUCCCUCCUUCCCACCGCUCUACCCCUGGGCCUUCCCACCAUUCCCCUGCUCAGCCUUUGCACAACUCCCCCUCCGCCAUCCCCCCAGUACCGGCGGAAGAUGGCGAGGCAGGGGUCGACAACGGCGGACUUUCCCCACCGGCUGAUGCGCCACCGCCGCCACCCCGCGAGGAACGCGGGCGCGUGGAGGGUCUCCGAUACAAGCCCCGUGCCCAUUGCUGCUACUAACGAGCCGGCGGCUCUCCACGUGGCGCUCAAGAGUGGCACGUUGCCGCCGUCAUCGGCGGGCAGUGAUUAA